CGCACUAACGCCUCGUCGUCUGUGCCAGGGAAGCGAGUAUGGAGUCCAAAAAAUCUGUGUGGGAUUCCUCCCGAACAGGUUCACCGGCCUUGCCAACUCACUACAGCAGCUCUCGUCCUGCCUCCCCACUCCCCGUCAAGGGCUUCUACUCCCCCUCCUCCCCUCGCAGCGUUCACCGGUCACCCCCUCGUCGCUCAGGCAGUCCCCUCAAUGUACCGCUACUCUCCAGGCGCAUGCAGUUAUAUGUUACACGAGGCGCUGCAUUGUUUCUUCUCGUCCUUGGUCUGCUCGCUGCCUCGUUGCUUAUGCGCCAGGCCGAGCUCACGAAUCGCAGCGGAAGGAAGUCUCAGUAUCCGUUUCAUCAUCAUUUUGGCCCUGGAAGUCAUUCGGUCUCUGCUGGAAGUGGUGGCAAGGAUGUCGUGGACGUAGAUGAGGAUUUGGACAUCGAAGGGUUGCCUCGGCUUGGGGUUUCACGGACUAUGAUGAACAAGUGGGCACAGUACGCUCCGUGGAUGCCUGCAGGCGGGUAUCUUGCGCCUCCGGUUGGUUGUGAUAUCUCUCAGGUCAAUCUGCUUCAAAGACAUGGCGCUCGUUAUCCUACAUCACACGCAGGCGAAGAAAUUGAGAAUGCUAUAAACAAGCUACUGCUCGUAGAGGAAUACCAGCACGACAACCUCGAAUUCCUGAACAGCUACCAUUACGAGCUCGGAGAAGACGACCUUAUUCCCUUCGGUGCCAAACAGUCUUUUACCUCUGGCAAGGAUGCGUGGAGUAGAUAUUCUCACCUCGUCAACGGUUCCACCCCGCCUUUCGUGCGUGCUUCAGGCUCGGAACGGGUGAUAUUGAGUGCUCAAAAUUGGACUGCAGGCUUCGCGAACGCCAGUCUCGAGGUGGUUAUACCCAACGUCGACGUGAUCAUACCCGAAGGAUCUGAUAAGAAUAAUACCUUGGACGAUGGGACGUGUCCGAACGUUGGGGACAGCGACGACCAGGACCACGAGUGGCUCUCUAUUUUCGCACCACCCAUCGCUGCACGGCUGAACAAGUGGGCACCGGGUGCUCAUCUCAAAGAUAAGGACGUUUAUGGUCUCAUGUCGAUGUGCGCCUUCCACACACUGAGCCUAGAGAGCCAAAGUCCGUUCUGUGCGCUCUUUACCGAGGCGGAUUUCGAAGGGUACGAGUAUCGCAACGACAUCGACAAGUUCUACGGGACUGGGUACGGCCAGAAACUGGGUCGUGUACAAGGCGCAGGCUACGUCAACGAGCUGCUCGCCCGUCUAACAGGUCAGCCCGUCACAGACAACACCCAAACGAACCGCACGCUCGAUUCUUCACCGGAUACGUUCCCCCUCGACCGCGCGUUCUACGCCGACUUCUCGCACGAUAACGAGAUGAUCGCGAUCUACGCCGCGCUCGGCCUCUUUCGCCAACAUCAGCUCGCGAACGAGACGCUCCAUCCAACGUCUCCGGAUUCUUCACGUACGUGGAUCGCGUCAAGCUUGGUGCCCUUCGGCGCGCGGAUGGUUGUGGAGAGGAUGGAAUGUGAUGCGAGGAAUUCGGUGCCUGCUGGCUCGUACGUGCGGAUAUUCGUGAACGACGCGUUACAGCCGUUGGAGUUCUGUGCAGGCAGCGACGAGACUGAAGCGGGCAUGUGUUCCCUCGAGGCUUUCGUACAAAGUCAGGCAUAUGCUCGGAGCGACGGAAAUGGGGAUUUCGAGAAGUGCUUUGAGGAUGAUUGAGUAGAUCGUUGCUUGAGUUAGAUAGAUAUAUUACUACCACUCGUUUAUUUGUUUGAUUUUCUUUACACGGUCUGCGGAUUUCUAGACAUUGGGACACUUAUGUACGCUUUGACAUUCUUUUGGCUAUACAGAG